UGCUCGAGUACACACACACUGCUCACAGACUACUAUAAUGUGACAUCCUUCCCACAAACAAACACCACCUAUAACCACUAAGAGCGGCCAAACCUUAGUCCUCAUGUUUUAUCCAGAAUCAAUCACUGACACAUUUGCUGUAUCAUUCUUGCCACUGUUCAUUAAUCUUCAUUGUCUCGCUCUGCUUCAGGAAACUAUCGAUUUUCGAGAGGAACGUAGCCACCUGUUUGCCAUCGACAACUGCGUGGAAGAUUGGCGGAUCGCCAUCUCAUGGAGGCGCGCGCUGCAGCUCCUGGUGGAGUUCUUUGUCUGCGCCAUCCACCCGAUCCCGGGCGACUUCACCUUCACGUGGUCGGUGACCUUGGCGGAGACCAAGCAACCGUUACACAACAAGGUGUCAGUAGACGUGGCUCUGUCCGUGCCCAUGUUCCUCAGACUUUACCUCAUCUGUCGGGUGAUGCUGCUCCACAGCAAGCUCUUCACCGACGCCUCUUCGCGGAGUAUCGGAGCGCUCAACAGGAUUCACUUUGACACCAAGUUCGUUCUAAAGACGCUCAUGACCAUCUGCCCGGGCACGGUCCUACUAGUGUUCACGCUCACUCUCUGGAUUAUUGCUGGCUGGCUGGUCAGGGCGUGCGAACGGUGAGUCUCUCUGUCUGUCUGUCUGUG